CCAGUUCGAUUUGAUAUGCAUUCUCCGUCCUCGAGGCUCCAGCGUUCACACAACAGUAAACAGUGCACCGACCUGAAUGCAUCCAGAUCAAAGUGCAUUGAACACUUAUAUUAUCAAUUAUACAUUCAUUUCUCAUCUCUUCGUAUCUUCCCUCUACAGGACUACAACGAGCAAUGUCCGUACUCGCUGUCUCCGGUUAGCAUCAAAAGUCAAAAGCUGUUGCGAUCGCCGCGGAAGGCCACCCGUAAAAUAUCGAAAAUCCCCUUCAAAGUGCUGGACGCACCUGAACUGCAGGAUGACUUCUACCUAAACCUGGUCGAUUGGUCCGCCCAGAAUGUACUGGCGGUGGGGCUGGGUAGCUGCGUUUAUCUAUGGAGUGCUUGCACCAGUCAGGUGACGCGACUUUGCGAUUUGAGCUCCGACGCGAACACGGUCACAUCGGUGUCGUGGAGCGAACGAGGCCACCAGCUUGCAGUGGGGACACACCAUGGCUACGUCACCGUGUGGGACGUGGCCGCUAGCAAACAGGUCAACAAAUUGCAAGGCCACUCGGCCCGCGUAGGAGCCCUGGCUUGGAACGGUGACGUCCUCUCGAGCGGGUCUCGAGAUCGCUUGAUUAUGCAGCGGGAUACGCGCACCCCGGCCCAGGUUUCCGAGCGGAGGUUGGCCGGCCACAGGCAGGAGGUGUGCGGCCUCAAGUGGUCCCCCGAUAAUCAAUACCUGGCCAGCGGUGGCAACGACAAUCGGCUCUACGUGUGGAACCAGCACUCGACCAAUCCCGUGCAAUCAUAUUCGGAGCACAUGGCCGCAGUGAAGGCGAUCGCGUGGUCACCUCAUCACCACGGAUUGCUGGCUAGUGGAGGCGGUACGGCAGAUCGUUGUAUACGCUUCUGGAAUACCCUGACCGGGCAACCGAUGCAAUGCGUGGACACUGGCUCGCAGGUAUGUAAUCUUGCCUGGUCAAAGCAUUCGUCGGAACUGGUGUCCACCCAUGGCUAUUCGCAAAACCAGAUCUUGGUAUGGAAAUAUCCAUCGUUGACACAGGUCGCCAAGCUAACGGGGCAUUCCUAUCGGGUGCUUUACUUGGCACUUAGUCCCGACGGUGAGGCCAUUGUGACCGGUGCCGGGGACGAAACCCUACGCUUCUGGAACGUUUUCAGCAAAGCACGCAGUCAAAAGGAGAAUAAAAGUGUUCUAAAUCUAUUUACAAACAUUCGAUAAAAGCAGACAUUUUAGGAACUUAGAAGCAGGCUUGAGAGAGGGAUACGAAUUGUUCCAUGCUUCCAUAAACUAGAGUGUAGUUCUAAGUCGAUGGCAAAAUUUAACUCAUAACCACUCACUUUUCGAACCACACUUCUUCAGACUUUCCAUCGUUUUUAGGCGUAAAUCAUCCACUGUCAUUAAUUUAUUACGCUAGUGUAUAUUUGUAUAAUUAUAUUUUUCUUUUUAGAAGAAAUAGAAUACGAAUUCGUAGUAAAGAGUUAUAUUUUUGAAUGAAAAGAUUGAUAUUUGUGAGUUUUUUUGGUAGAAUUAAUAUGGAUACAGCAAAGUGUAUUUUAAAACUAAGUUAAAAAAAAGGAUUUUGGCAAACAAAUUAUUUAGUUCUUUUAUAUUGGAGAACUUUGACUUCAUUGCUUAGUGUUUCUAUUCCAUGUGGUGCUUGUUAUGCAUCAGCAUUUUUCGAAAUGCAAAGUGAUGUAGUCGCAAGUAUCAUUAGAUUAUUUAAAGAACAUUUGAACGGUUUUUUGAGUGGCGCGUGGGCAUUGAAUUUUUCGCUUGAUUCGAUUUAUAAAUUGGAUCAGAAGAAAAAUUCAAAUCAAUACCACUUGGAGUUUGAAUGAAUGUAGUACUGAUUUAUAUGUUACUGUUCGAUUUAGGUUUACCAACUGAAAAAAAAAAGUUUGUUUAAAGCAUAGAUAUGGAUGGAUGAAACAACACAACCAAAAUUUACAAACCCUUGAAUCCAUUUUGCUAAAACAUAACUGCAAAGUGUAUUUUUGAAAUAUAGCUAAUUUUUCAAACCAUCCAAAGUAAACGUAAUCGAAAUCUUUCAUCAAGCUACACCAGCUUGACGAAAUGCUUCGUGCCGUUUUCUGCUUUUUAUAGGUUCUUUAUUUUAUCGUACUGUCUAACGAUUAUUUCGGGAAAUCAUUUCACUAAAUGACCUUCUCAAGGGUUAUUACUGAAAUCUUUACCGGUAAUAAUCGUUCAUUGUUGUUGAUUAUGUUUUAUCUUGUAAAUAGUACGUUAAGCCGUCUAAUAACUUUUACAUUCGUGACUACUGUAUGUUGCGUAACUAAUAAUUCAAAACAAAACAUAAACGUUGCAUGCGCGUUUACAGAGAAAGUACUAAUAUUAUUUAAAAUGCCGCACCAAGAUACUACCAACAAUAAAACGUGUUGCUAUAACCCGAUAAGAUGGAAUCAUUCGAAUUCCCGCAAAAUUUGUCAUUUUGGAUUAUUUGGAGGAGUCGGCUAUCGAUGCGACAAAAAUUUGUGUUCUUGAGAUAGACGAAAUACACACUUUUAAAA